ACAGGUACAAGGAUCCGUUACACACCUGCCUGUCUCACGGAGCUAGUGACCAAACCCCGGAAAAGAAAAAAAAAAAUAACAUAUUUUAUGUUGACUAUAUUGUACUUACAGGGCUGACCUGGGCAGUCAUCCAGAGAGAGCUUUCAGCCAGGAACAAAGCUGAUCAAGCGAGAGCACCAAGAGGUACUGGAAAGCCAAAACAUUGCUCCCGGCCAAAUCAGAAGGUUGUGGAAGAAACUACACAGGAGCUUUGCACUGGGAAGAAACAAAGGCAAUUCACUCACUAAGACAACAAUCUAGGACAUUUUCUGUGGUGAGUACUUUUCUUUGUACAAGUAAAUAAAAGGCAACCGCCACAGCAGGAAUUUCCUAAGGAGACCAAAACCCCAGUGCACAGAUACUGCUCACUCUUUUGUGCAUUUGAUACAUCUGGAUUAGCAUCAUGUCUAUGGGACUUGAGAUAUUAGGUGUGGCCCUGUCCAUUCUCGGCUGGCUUGGUGCUGUCGUUGCUUGUGCGCUCCCAAUGUGGAGGGUGACCGCCUUUAUCGGAAAUAAUAUUGUGGUGGCUCAGAUUAUUUGGGAAGGACUGUGGAUGAACUGUGUCGUUCAGAGCACAGGGCAGAUGCAGUGUAAAGUCUACGACUCCCUACUGGCUCUUCCUCAAGAUCUUCAGGCCGCUCGUGCCUUAAUAGUUAUCUCCAUUGUCAUUGCGGUCCUCGGAGUCCUGAUCUCCAUCAUUGGAGCGAAGUGCACCAACUGUGUUCAAGAUGAGUCAGCAAAGGCCAAGAUCAUGAUUGUCUCUGGGGUCAUCUUUAUUCUUUCUGGGCUCAUGACGCUUAUCCCCGUAUCCUGGUCAGCAAACACAGUAAUUCGUGAUUUCUACAACCCGCUAGUCGUGGAGGCUCAAAAGAGGGAGCUGGGUGCCUCCAUGUACCUUGGGUGGGCAGCCUCUGCUCUUCUAAUGCUUGGGGGUGCUAUGCUAUGCUGCAGUUGCCCACCAAAACAGGAGAAGUACCCUGCAUCUAGAGUGGCAUAUUCAGCAGCCCGAUCAACAAAUCCUGGAUAUGACAGAAAAGACUAUGUCUGAAGAGGAAACAAUGGACAUGGAAGACUUUUGUAGCUCGAAGCUCCAAGACUUUCAAUGGACACGGAAGACUUUGAUAUCAAGUGGCAAGAAUGAGCAGGUGACGUGCUUAUGGAGAGGAGUGGGAAGUAGACAUGGCUGACAUAUAGACUUUUAUAAACCUUCUUCUAAAUGCUGUUAUUAUUAGUCCAUUUUUUUUAUAUAACACAUAAUAUACAUAUACAGCAUUGGCUCUUUGUGUGUACGUGAAUAUACAGGAGACAUGAAUGGAUGCUUUCUAUUGUCGUGGCAUUGGGUGAAUAUUCUUGAACUGGGAGGGGCAAGUCUUCCUGGCAGAGAUGAGGUGGCUUAAGUAAUAUAACUCUUUACAUCCCAAACUGUCGAGUGAACUGUCUACUAACAGAACAAUGCACUGUUGUUUGAUUAUAGCACCAUUACCCACUGGGGAACCUUACCUGCUUGUGGUUUCUUAAAGUUUAGAAAACACUAGAUGAAGAAAAUGCUGUUUUCACAAGGGAAGAAGGACAGUGCAUGACUUUGUAUAUUAAUAUUUGAGAGCUAAUAAUAAAUUGUUCAAUAUUUCUGCUAUACAUCGUGCACCAUAUUUAUCAGACAUCAACAAAUCAAAAUGUACAAUUUAAUUUGUUCUAUGUCUUAUAGCGGGAAAAAAGUUAUUAUAACUGGAGCACAUUUAUUUUGUUAACCAUACCAACGAAUCAGGUUUUAGAGCUUGGUUCUAAACUUGAAAACAAGCCAUAAAAUGAGAUUGGUUUCAAUGGGUAACAACUCUAUUUUCUUGAUCCAUUGUUGAUAAUAAGUAAGCCUAUGAGACUGGUAGAUGUUCUUUUUUUUUUUACUGCCAUUGAUGAUGAACAGUCAACAUUUGCAGCCUCUCUAAAGUAGUUAACGUAAAAGAUAAAAAGAACGCUAUUCCAGGAAUCAAUUCAAGUGCUCGUCCUUGCUUUGUACUCGGUACAAAGCAAGGACCCUCGAUCAGGACUUGAUAAAAGUUUCCUGAACAAAAAUGUUGCCUUGCUGUACAGGAAUUAACCUACUUGCGUGCCUACUGGAUUUGUUGUAUUCUUCCACUCUUUACCAAGGCUACUUUGGGGUAUUUAUAGCAAUGCGCAUGCUCCUAUUUGUGACUGCAGCUGUAGGGCUUUUCUACAAUAGCCUGUCGAAAUGUAAUUGUAGAAGGCAAGAAAACCUUCCCAGGAUACAGAAACCAAACCUGCUAAACAAUAGCAGUUUAUGAAAAAUGCAUGUUCUCCAGGACCUAUACCACCUCUUAUAGAUCCAGUUUUACCAAAUUAUCUUAAAGAAUGCUAAAAAAGCAUGAUUAUUUUACCGUAUGUUGAAUGAUACAAUUUGAUCUUACACACGUGUCAUUAGUUAUACUUACCACCCUGAAAAAAAUCCUAAGUUUCAGUUUGUCUUACUUAUUGCACGCCUGCUUUUGUUACCAAGAAAACAUUUACUCUUAGGGAUUUAUAUUUAAAUUUAUUGCCUACCCAUUCUGUCCACCCCUUUCCCAGUUUAUUUUUUUACAACAUAGGCUUACUCUUUUAGAAAGCUAUGUGGCAAAAUAAUGGGAUUCCUGUUAAUGAAUUACAGCCAUUUUUUCCAUCCAUAAAUGAACUGGUGACACAUUAAUAUGCACUCACUGAUAAAAGAAAAAAAAAAGUUUCGAACCUUAGAGUUUAACUACUUUCAGUCUUAUCACUGCCAGGGUGACCUACCUACCAUCAUGUCAAGUGGCGGGCUAUUAUGAAAGGACAUAGUCAUUUAUUUGUGGCAUUAGAUCCACCAUUAAUUGACUGCUACAGUGUUUUCUGCAGUUGUGUUAAAAGCAUGUUGAAUAUUCAGUUACAGUGAGACGUUAGUCUCCAACAGGCUUGGCAAGCCUACAGUUCUAUCAUGAAUGGUGGAUUUACAAAAGGGAUUUUCAAUAUUUGCAUUUUAUCUGUGUAGUGUUGAUGUACGCGUCCUGGUCUGGUUGAAGUGCAGUGGUUUGCUUUGCCCUGCUUAAACAUUUCUGUUAGAAUUAUCAGUAUGCGAUCCACUUACGGUUCCCAACACAUAAUAAAGGUAUAUUUUUACUACA